GAGCUUGACAGUCACUGCCGUGCGGCCAUCAGCGUCGGUCUUAAGCCCAUGCCUCACCCACGAUGACCUCUAAAAUACGAUGGCGCGCACGAUAGAAGACCGCUGGCUCUGGCUCGGCCUAGGCGUCUUCACCUUCGUCGCCAUCAAAGGCGUAGCCCAUGGCCUCCGGCACAUCGUCACCUUGACCGAAGUCCACAACGCCGCGCCGCGCCCCACCAUCCCGCUCCCGGGCGGCAAAGAAGACGCUAUAAAGACGUCCUCACUACAAACGCUCGCAACCUGCUCAAACGUGGAGAUCCGCAAGGCAGCGACCAAGAUUAUGUGCGAGCGCUUCAUAUCGAACCCUGUUGCGCGAACUCUCCUGUUGAAGGAUCUGCAGAGCAGCGAUCCGGAAACACAACAUAGAGCGCACUUAGCUGUCAAUCUGCUGUCUGAUUACGAUGUCCUGCAGCACCAUGUUGCGCCACCGUCGACACCGCUGGCAUAUCGGGGAAAUGGAGGUGAUGGUAGCAGGCGUACGUUACCGUGGCUGAGGUCAGGAACGAGGAAUCAUGAGAGGGACCCUGAAGAGAGGGACUUGAGAAGAAGGAGGAGAGAGGCCAUGGUGAUCAAUGAGGGGGAUCGGCCGAUUAGCCAGCAGGAUGUUUGGAUGAGAGAUGGAGACGGGAGAAUGAGUACGGAGGAGCCGACAAGGCCUUGAGAAGCGUCCGGAAAUCUUGCUGACGCGCAUGCAGUGCAGCGCAACGAAUAAGGUGGGGCACUUGUGAGGAUAGUAUCCAAGGCAUGGCAAAGCGGAACAGCUGUCAGGGGCAAAAACAGCUCAUGCUGCAUAAUGAGCAUGUUGUUUUGGGAAACGCCGGAAUACAUCAUGGGGAUCUGAACGCCCGAAGGACAUGGGGAACCGGGGGAGUACUUCAUGGAUCGGCGUUGGCGGAGCGAGGUAAAUUAUAUAUGAUACCCUUGAGCUAUGAGUUCAAUCCUAGUCUGUCUUCAUGAUACGAAACGUCACUGCCUACUGUAAGCCGGAAUAUCAUGGAGAUAGUGGGUGGAAU